AUGGAGGGAUCCGGAAACUCUGCCUCUAAGCCGAGCAGCAGCGUCAAGCUGGUGCUGCUCGGAGAGGCCGCCGUUGGCAAGUCCUCGCUCGUUCUCCGCUUCGUCAACAACGACUUUCAAGAGAACAAGGAGCCCACGAUCGGCGGUAGGAGAACCCCCGCGCCCCAUGCCCCUCAACCUGCAGUGCCGCUGCUGACCAUGACCUCGCAUCAGCCGCCUUCCUCACACAAAAGUGGCACCUGCCGACCAGGACGAUCAAGUUUGAAGAUUUGGGACCCGGCGGGCCAGGAACCUUCGCCUUGCUGGCGGCCAGCGGAAACACUGGGUCGCCGAGCUGCAGCGCCAGGCUCGCCGGGCAUCGUCAUCGCCCUCGUCGGCAACAAGCUCGAUCUGACCAACGAUGGCGGCGCCGGAUCGGCCGGCGGUCUUGGCGAUGCCGGUGACGACGGCGCCGACGGCGAGGCCGAUGGCAAUGACGCCAGCGGCGACGCGCGCAAGGUCUCGACCGACGAGGCCAAGACGUACGCCGACGAGGAGAGCCUGCUGUUCUUCGAGACGAGCGCCAAGACGGGCCACAAUGUCGCCGACGUCUUCACGGCCAUUGCCAACGCCAUCCCCGAGACGUCGCUCAAGAGCACGAGGGGGCCCGGCGCCGCCAACGCCGUCAGCCGAGGCGGCGAGGAGCAGAGGGUCAACCUCAACCAGCGCGACGCGGCGGCCAAGGACAGUUGCGCCUGCUGA